AUGAGUCUUUUCACUCUUAUAUUUGCUACACCAAUCUCUACAGAAAAGCCCCCAUCAAUUAUCGAUUCAUUAUCUCAAUUAUUAUAUACUCAUUUAAAUCCGAUCUUUCAAAAUACUCUUCAACAACUUAUUGAAUUAGUUUUUAAAUUUGGUGAAAGAAUUUUUGAAAAUAUUCAAUCAAGAUUAGCACGUUCAGCUCCACCUAUACCAGCACAAUGGGUUCAAGAAUUAUUUGGAGAAGUUAAUUCAGUUGCAACUCAAUGGAAUCAACAUGUAACACAAUUCUUUUCAAAUAUUCCAACUAUAUUUGAAAAACAUGGUCGAAGUUCAAUUAAUUUUUCAUCAAUUAAACAAAGUUUAUACGAUGCUAUAGCAAGUCUCUUAGAUAAACUGAAAAAAUUAUUUGUUAAUGAUAUAAAUCAAAUCUUUAUUUUACUUAUUAAUAAAUAUAAUUUAAUGGAAUCUAUGAGUCGUACAUAUAAUGAUUUAUUAAAUGUUUUUCAACAACAAGUAUCAAGUGUAUUUGAUAAAUCACAAGAACAAUUAAUUGAUAAUAUCAAUAUUGCUAUUAAUUUUAUUGUAUCAUUGUGGAAUGAUGUAAAAACUCAAUUAAUUGGUUAA